UUUCAAAUCCACUUCUUUUCAAGUGUUGCUAUUCAGUCUUUUACUUCAAAACCACAACAACCUACUUGCAAUGGUGUUUAUGCCCUAGGAUUUAAGCUCGCACAAACCAUGGCCUUUGCUAUUGAUGAGAUCAAUAGAAACUCAAACCUGCUACCUAAUGUGACUCUGGGGUACACUCUGUAUGAUGACUGCCUUGAGCUUGGAAUUGGAUUUCGUGCAGCAUUGUCAAUGGCCAGUGGUCAAGAAGAGAAAAUUAUAUUAAAUAGUACAUGUGUUGGAAAUCCUCCUGUCAUAGGGAUUGUGGGUGAUUCAUCUUCUACAAAUUCUAUUGCCAUUUCCAACGUCUUAGGUUUGUACAGAGUACCUAUGGUGAGUUAUUUUGCCACAUGUUCCUGCCUGAGUAACCAUCAAAAAUACCCAUCAUUCUUUAGGACGAUCCCAAGUGAUGCUUUCCAGGUACGUGCUAUGAUUCAGAUUCUGAAGCAUUUCAGUUGGACUUGGGUUGGUCUGCUUGUCAGUGACGAUGAUUAUGGACUUCACGCAGCAAGAUCAUUUCAAUCUGAGCUGAGUCUGUUAAGUGAAAGUUGCCUGGCCUACACUGAGGUUUUGCCCUGGGACAAAGACACAGAAGAACUCAGGAGGAUUGUUGAUGUGAUGAAAAAAUCCACAGCUCGAGUUGUUAUUGUCUUUGAACAUUACAGUCGCAUGAUAAACCUUAUGGAAGAGGUAGUGAGGCAAAAUGUAACUGGCCUACAAUGGAUGGCCAGUGAAGCCUGGACAGCAGCUGUUGUGCUCCAAACACCUCAGCUUAUGCCAUACCUGUGCAAGCCAGGAAGAGGGCCUUUCAGUGGGAACAGCUGUGCCACUUUGCAGUCACUGGAGCCUUGGCAGCUGGUUUAUUACUUAAGAUGGGUAAACUUCACCACUCCGUUUGGAGAUCAAGUGUCAUUUGAUGAGAAUGGUGAUGCAUUGCCAAUUUAUGAUGUGAUGAACUGGUUGUGGCUCCCUGAUGGAAGCACUAAAGUUCAGAAUGUGGGUGAGGUUAAAAGGUCAACUUUCAAAGGUGAAGAACUCAUACUUGAUGAAGACAAAAUCUUCUGGAACCUUGAAUCCAAAAAGCCACCUCAAUCAGUAUGCAGUGAGAGCUGUCCUCCUGGUACCCACAUGGUGAGAGAGAAGGGGAAACCCCAGUGCUGUUUUGACUGCAUCCCUUGUUCUGAAGGGAAAAUUACUAAUAAGACCAACUCCUUGGAGUGCACCAGUUGUCCAGAGGAUUUUUGGUCAAACCCCCAGCGUGACCACUGUAUUCCUAAGAAGACAGAGUUCCUCUCCUAUCUUGACCCUCUGGGUAUUUGUUUGACAACAACCUCCUUACUGGGAACAUUUAUAUGUGCUGUUGUUCUGGGGAUCUUUAUCUGCCAUCGCACAACACCUAUAGUACGUGCCAACAAUUCAGAACUUAGUUUCCAGCUAUUAGUGUCACUUAAGUUGUGUUUCCUUUGUUCAUUGCUGUUUAUCGGACGACCCAGGCUGUGGACAUGCCAACUCAGACACGCAGCAUUUGGGAUCAGCUUUGUGCUGUGUGUCUCAUGUAUCCUGGUAAAAACCAUGGUUGUUCUGGCUGUGUUCAAAGCCUCCAAGCCAGGAGGGGGAGCCAGUCUGAAGUGGUUUGGUGCUAUGCAGCAGAGAGGAACAGUUCUAUUUCUGACAUCUAUUCAGGCAGCCAUCUGCACUACGUGGCUUGUCUCUUCCUCUCCAACUCCACAUAAAAACACCCAAUACCACAAUGACAAGAUAGUGUAUGAGUGUGCAGUUGGGUCCACUGUUGGUUUUGCAGUGUUAUUGGGCUAUAUUGGCAUGCUGGCCUUCCUCAGUUUUCUAAUUGCAUUCCUGGUGAGGAAUCUCCCUGAUAGUUUUAAUGAGGCCAAGCUCAUCACAUUCAGCAUGCUGAUCUUCUGUGCUGUGUGGGUGGCCUUUGUUCCUGCUUAUAUCAGCUCACCAGGAAAACUUGCAGAUGCAGUGGAGGUGUUUGCCAUUCUUGCCUCAAGUUUUGGUCUUUUGAUCACACUGUUUGGACCCAAAUGUUACAUAAUCCUGUUGAGACCAGAGAUGAACACAAAGAAAGCUGUUAUGGCCCGUGGCAUUGGUUCAUAA